AUGCGGGUAACUUUAUCAUAUAAUGGAUAUUAUCGAUGUAGUAACUUUAUUUGAAGAAGAAGAAGAAGAAGAAGAAGAAGAAGAAGAAGAAGGAGGAGGAGAAGAAGAAGAAGAAGAAGAAGAAGAAGAAGAAGAAGAAGAAGAAGAAGAAGAAGAAGAAGAAGAAGAAGAAGAAGAAGAAGAAGAAGAAGAAGAAGAAGAAGAAGAAGAAGAAGAAGAAGAAGAAGAAGAAGAAGAAGAAGAAGAAGAAGAAGAAAGAAGGGCUGAUCGGAACAGGUUUAUUUAGAUGCUGA